AUGGGGCUACGGAAGAAGCUGGAUGUGUUUAAUAUGCACGCGGGGGUCCCCGUGAACGAUUUGACGACGCAGUACAUCAAACUGUACAACCGAGAGGUGAAACAGUUCUACCAGGUGGAUCAAUUUGUGGACUACGAGAUCCGCGGGUCGCGGAUCCACGUUGACUCGCACGUUAGGUAUCUUGAGAAGCGGUAUUUGAGGCAGGAGAAUCUCCUGGGGGAGGAGAUGGGGGUCUACUGGUCUGGUAAGGACAAGAGGAAGUUCUUCAAGCUGCUGGAGCGGUACUCGAUCCACCGGCUGGACGACUGGUGGCAUUGUAUAGGCAACAAGAGUAAGAUAGAGGUGUUGCAGUACUAUGACCUAUUGCGACGCAACGUACGGUUGUUGAAGGACGGCCGUUUCAAGAAACUUCUGAGGCGGAGCGAGAUUCCAAUUGCGUACGAAGUCAGCGAACAGUUUAUCGAGCUUGAGGAAUUGAUGGCCGAACGGUUGAUGACCCGAGAGGAUGCAGGGGCGGUGUGCCCCCUGGAUCACAGCGAUAGUGGGCUUGUCAAGUUUGACGACUGGAAUGCAAAAUGGUUGAAAGUUUACCGCCGGAGUCAAUUCGAGGACGGUAACCUCGUGAAGACGCCACUACCCUUCAGCCUAGAGAGUGUUCAAUUUAUUGAGGGACUUGUAGUGCAGUACGUGAAGCGAUUGUUGCAUUUCUGCGUGCUCCCCAAUAUCAAUGACUGCGAGGUGGGCAAGUCGGACUUGCUGGCGUACCUUUCCGACCGGCACGCGAGGAGGAAGUGGUCGUUCCCCACGACGAUAACGAGGGAACACAUUGACCGCGGGCUCACUAUAAUGCGACACGAGGACAUCCCCGUGUACACACCCGGUGGGAACACACUGGAGACGUUACAUAAAUUCGGGCUGGUCCCCGAGCCCCUUGCGGGCAACGUGUUCCGGAAUAGAGCCAUCAGGGACUCGCUUCUGCCGGAGAUCCUCUCCGCUAGCGUCAAAUUCAACGACAGCGUCACUGCGAAGGCGUGUUCCGACGAGCUAACAGGUGGGGCCCCGACCUCUACGAUAGAACAGCCUCUGGACGAGGAUCGGGCACACUACCGGACAGGCACCACCACUGAGAGUCUCUUUAUCAAGAAGAUGGCCAAACUGGAUGCAUCUGUUACACAAAACGAACCACACUCGGAUGAGGACGAUCCCGUAUCCUUUACUAUUGUGAAGCGGGACGGAACACCGGAUGUCGACGCCACGCAACGUCUAGAUAACGCCACAGAGCUGUCGCUCUACGACUGGGAAGCAGGCCAGAUGGACCACGCGGACAUGGUCCACUCAAGCAAACACGAGAGCACGCUCUUCCACUACUUCAUGCAUAUAGCGGCCGCCAAGAGCAAACGCAAACGUAAGGGCAACGGCAAGAACAAGAAUAAGCGGGGCACGCACUGCGUCCCUCUUGCAGCAGCCCAGACGGGCACACCCUCCGCCACGCACGACCGCAACCCGCCCAUACAGCUGUCCCAGACACUACACGACUGGUUCCUGCGCUCAGACGGCUGA